UAUUUUAAUUACUUGUUGACUUGUAUAAUUUUGUUGCCAACUCCACAUCUUGGGGAUAAGCAAAACAACAACUACUCUUUCUCUACUCCACUGAUAGUUUGAUACUAUUAACAAAGUCCACCACCAAAACCUAAACCCUAUAAAAACCCAACUCCGAAUUCCAUCACUUACACAACAGCAAGAGCAUCCAGUACCAUUCCCUCCCAAAACAAAUCCUUGAAGAAGAGUUUUCAAAAGUCAAAAGAGAAGGAAAAAAAUGAAGAGUGACUCGAUAGCCGUUGAUGUCCCAGCAGAGUCGAGCUCAGCCAUCAAAGGCAAAGCUCCUCUCCUCGGUUUAGCCAGAGACCACACUGGUUCAGGAGGUUACAAGAGAGGUCUCUCAAUUUUCGAUUUCCUUCUCCGUUUAGCUGCCAUUGUAGCUGCCUUAGCUGCUGCUGCCACAAUGGGGACUAGUGAUGAGACUCUCCCUUUCUUCACUCAGUUUUUACAGUUUGAAGCUAGCUACGAUGAUCUUCCAACUUUCCAAUUCUUUGUGAUUGCCAUUGCAAUAGUCGCAGCUUACCUUGUCCUAUCUCUUCCCUUCUCAGUUGUCACGAUUGUUCGUCCUCUAGCCGUCGCUCCAAGACUCCUUUUGCUUGUUCUUGACACUGCUGCUCUGGCUCUGGACACAGCGGCUGCUUCAGCAGCGGCGGCUAUAGUGUAUUUGGCACACAAUGGGAAUACAAACACAAACUGGCUUCCAAUCUGCCAACAGUUUGGAGAUUUCUGUCAGAAAACGAGCGGAGCUGUCGUCUCUGCCUUUGCCUCUGUCACCUUUUUAGCCAUCCUUGUCGUCAUCUCCGGCGUCUCUCUUAAACGACCCUAGCUCCACAAUAGAGAUUCUUCGAGCGAAAGAAGAAAAAUCGUGCUAACUAGCAUUUGUGUGAAAUGUUUAUUCGAAGAACCUUAUAUUUUGUAUUUGUGUGAGAUCUUGGAGAGUCUAAAUAUUGUGUUUUGUAUUAAUCUUUGGAAAGAUUGAAAAUUAAUGGAGGUUAAUUGUCACUUUUUCUUGUUUUUGUUCGUUAUGU